GGCUUUAAGACCGGGGCGCCUUGAAACCGUCCAGUUCCAUGUUAGCAUGGUGAAAUGAUGAACUUCUUCACGAAACAACUUUUUAAACAACUAUUGAGACGUUUUGAAACUUUGCAUUUCUAGUGCUUUAGUCCACACAGCUGCGCGUUGAACUGUUUUAUGUUGUUUCUACAUUUUGAGCCAAGUAUGCGCGUUUGCGGACAGGGAGUGGCAAAAUAUAAAUACAUCUUUUGCCAUAAAUCCUCGAAGUAAGUUCAUUCAGCAACAACGUCCUUGUGUUGGAGUGACGGAUCUAAUGGACCAUUCGCCGUCGAUAAUCACGCAAGUAACUAGAGACGAGGAGGAAGACGCGACUUGUCGUGAGGAAGUUUCCAUCGAUGUCUCCCCCUCAAAGAAGCCCCGCAGCAGAGGCCUCCUCCACAGUCUCUUCUGCUGUCUAUGUCACCAAGAAUCAGAACCGCCUCCAGUCAAAAACAAUGCCCCCCUGCUGGUGGAGGAAAAUGGAAGUCUGUCAAAAUUUCCAGCUAAACCACUGCUCCCACGGAUGAAAUCCAAUGAUGCGGGGAAGAUCUGUGUGGUCAUUGAUUUGGAUGAAACACUAGUGCAUAGCUCAUUUAAGCCCGUGAACAACGCUGAUUUUAUCAUUCCAGUGGAAAUUGAUGGAACAGUUCACCAGGUGUAUGUGUUAAAGAGACCCCACGUCGACGAAUUCCUCAAGAGGAUGGGAGAGAUGUUCGAGUGUGUUUUGUUCACUGCGAGCUUAUCCAAGUACGCAGAUCCUGUGUCAGACCUGUUAGACAAAUGGGGGGCUUUCCGUAGCCGUCUCUUCAGGGAGUCAUGUGUUUUCCACAAAGGGAACUACGUAAAAGACCUGAGCCGUUUAGGAAGAGACCUCAACAAGGUCAUCAUCAUCGACAACUCUCCAGCCUCCUAUAUCUUCCAUCCUGACAAUGCAGUUCCUGUUGCGUCCUGGUUUGACGACAUGUCAGACACCGAGCUCCUCGAUCUUAUCCCCUUCUUUGAGAGACUUAGCAAAGUAGACGAUAUCUAUGAUUUUCUCCAGCAGCAGAGGACUUCAAGUUAACAGACACAGGACACUAGGAUGAAAACCAUCACCAGCGGCUGUCGCCACGGGGCCACGGAGGCUGGUGGGCCAAAAGCUCCACGCUGCUUCCAACUACAAGGACCACACUGCAAAAAAUGCCCGUUAUUAAAUCUCAUAUUCGUACUGUUUAUUGCACAAAAAGGCAAAAGAGAUCCUCUGAUGAGACUGAUGCUUUAGCAUCGAAAAGUCCACCAGGAUGAAACAACAGUACCUAAUCUCAGUCCUAGAUUUUCUUUCUGUAUCGCUACUUUAACGCUGAAUAUGAGAUCAAAUGACUUCUGUAGAUAUCUUUGCAGUGCAGCUAGUGCGUUGUUGUUGUCGUAAUGUGACAGCAGUAACCUAUGUAAGUGUGCUGUAAGCCUAGAUUGUGUGAACAGUUGUUCAAUGCCAUUUUACAAAUGAACCACAUCAGCCAUUUCAUGUCAGUAUCAUGUAGCACUCAACAGAAGACAUGCAGACAUUCACAGCUGCCCCUUAAAUCAGUGUGUGUAGUAGAAGACAAUCAUUAACUGUAGAGGAUUAUUUGGGAUUAAUAAUUCCUGUAACAUGUUGUUUACGACUUUAUGAAAAGUUUGAUCAGCACUUAUGACAUGCCCUCAGAAAGCUUUGAACAAACACUGUUUCUUGGAGGACAUCAGACUCUGAAAACACCACAGCUUUCUCCUUCAGAUUGAAAAAACUGGAACAUGGGAAGUCAUAUCUAGAUGUGUGUUGAUUGUAGUUUUUACUCACUACAUUACAGAUGAUUAAGAACAUCUAAUCACUAAACUCAGUCAUACUGGAAUCUAAUGAUCACCAUUCUAUUUGUUAUAUUCUUUCCAGUGUAGUCACAACACAUCGUAACCUUGUUUUCCAUAAAUCAACAACACACCUGCAACAGAUCUGAAAAACACAAUGAUUCGACGUGAAACUCAGCCUUGUUAGAUUUCUCUUCACUGAUCUGACAUUCACAAACACAGACCUGCCCAUGCAUAAAUGGUCAUAUCACUUCUGUACAUAUCUUGAUUUUAGUCAAUCAUUUUGUUUGGUUUUAAUGUUGUUUUAAUUAAUUUUAUUUUUAUCUUUGAGUUUUUUUGAAUCAGCCGCUGCAGUGAGGGGCUCAUCAGAAAUGUAAUUCUGUUAAUGUGUGCAGGAGGAGGCUGCAACGUCCACGGCAACUUGAAGGGAUAUUUCAGGACUUUGAAACCUUGGUCUUAGUUUUUUAUUUUUGCAUAAAUAGAUAGUUUGGGCCCGCUUCUGUGAAACAGGCUGUCAUGGCUGCUACACAAUCUUUUGAGCAAAUGUGUCUGAUCAUAGUACGUCCACCAAAAGUGCUUUUUUUUGCCACAAAGAGGCUCGGAUUGUCAUAGAAGUGUCUGACAUUGUUAUUGAAUGAACCCUUACAAAGAAAGCAUUGAAUUGCUGUCUUUGAGACACCAAACUCCAUUUGAAAAAGCUCAUAUUUUGCAGAGCGUCACGGUUAAGAGGUCUGCUCUUAUGCUUAUGUGACUUAACACUUAUGUGGUUGAGUAAGAAUGAUUUAAGAUGCAUUGUAACCUGCAUGUCAUUCCCUCUCUCUUCCCUGCAAAGAUGGUCAAAACCUGAUCUUUGUAAAGGGAUCUCAGGGUGCUGGUUGAGCUCAUUGGUGAAAUCACACACCCGAUGUACAGAGACCACAGUUCAUGAAGCGGCAGCUCCACCCUCUGUCAUUCCCACUCUCUUGCUUCCCUGCACCCUUCUAUCCACUCACCAAUGGCGUAAUAACUGUGUACAAAGGCCCUUUAGUUUCAAUAUUUUAAGUGAUCACACUCAAAGUAAAGUGUGCCUUCAUGUGGCCUGCCUUUCUUAAUGAUGUCAGAUAAGUUACACAAUACUCGGAGCCUGUCAGAGCCUCAAACUAAUCUUUGCUGGACCUGCUUGAAUCAGACACAUCACUGUGGAAAAACAGCCUGUCUCCCUGCCGACUGAGACAAUCUACUAUGACUCUAUGUUAAUGUGCCUUAUCUGCUAGUUCUUUAACCAAUGCUACAAAAAAGGGCCUGGUUUUAAAAGUACUGACAUUUCUCUUCAGUUAAGUUUGCUGUUUGAUUUCAAAGCACACUUUGAUGAAUACUUUCAGCAAAAGUUUUUUGUUUAUAGGAUUAACGUGUAACAGCAUUAUCAGCCUGUUUCUUCAGUUUCACAGGGGAAACUUGAACCAGACAUGUGCUCCAGCCCUGAUUGAUUUUGCCUUGGCCUGGAGUGAGUGUGUGUAUCUCUGUAUGUGUGUGUGUGCGUGGGUUUCUGUGUGAUUGCGCCCGUGUGAGUAUUUACAUUGUUUUAAGAUUUAAAAAAAGAUACUUUGGCAAUAUGUGAAAACCAUAACCUGUCUUUGAAUAAUGAUUUAACUUUUUUACUGUAUGCAACAAGAGUAUUAACCUUGUGACUCAAGUAAAGAAACUGGUUUAUGUAAGUGAGUUUUUAAAAUUGCUGCUGAUUAAUGUUGAGAUUGAAAAUACCACAACUAGAGAUAUUUUUCAUUGCAUCAAUAAAGCAUGUUUUAUUGAAACAGGU